GCUUAAAUUACCUAACUGUAAGUCAACUAGCCAAAGUGAAAUAUGACAAAAAUAGGAUUUAACUGCCUCUGAAAGGCUCAUUGAAUAUGCUCAGACAUAUUAAUCAGACAUAUCAUAUGAACCUGUAUUGUUUACACUCCGGUCCAGUAGGUGGCAAUAAUUGAAUAGCACGAGACUGUCGUGAUAAGACAAGGCAGAGAUAUUGUAAACAAAAAUGGCCGACACCAGAGCCACAGAUGAAACGAGCGAUAACACAGGAGGUAAUCAUUCCUCAGGGGAUGGAAACCCAGAGAGUCGUGAAGUGGAGAAGAUACGGGAUUUGAAAAGCGUCCUGGUGACUAGCGUUUUAAAUCUAGAGGAGCUCGACGUCAACCUGUACAGAGGGACACAUCACUGGGUGCCCCGCUCUCGUCGGUUGUUUGGUGGGCAGAUAGUUGGUCAGGCUCUUGUGGCUGCAGCAAAGUCUGUUGGUGAUGACGUCUAUGUUCACUCUCUGCACUGCUAUUUUGUACGAGCAGGAGAUCCUACGGUUGCCGUUCUGUACCAAGUGGACCACAUUAGAGAUGGUCGAAGUUUCAUGGUACGCUCUGUUCGAGCCAUCCAGCAUGGGCAGCCCAUACUGAUCUGCCAAGCGUCCUUCCACAAACUGCAGCCAAGUCCACUGCAGCACCAGUUCACCAUGCCGAUGGUGCCUCCUCCUGAGGAUCUCCUCACUGAAGAGCAGCUCAUUCACCUUUACCUCACUAAACCAAAUGUCCCAGAGAAAUUAAGACAGUUUCUUAACCAGCGUUUGGCCAAUGAGGUCCCCAUCGAGAUUAAGCCAAUCCAGCCUCAGCCGUCUUUGAGACGUCCUGCCACUGAGCCAAGGAAGCUGUUUUGGGUGCGAGCCCAAGGACACAUAGGUGAAGGCAACAUGAAGCUGCACUGCUGUGUAGCUGCAUAUAUAUCAGACUAUGCCUUUCUGGACACCGCAAUGCUGAGUUUAGCAGAUUACAAAGCCAAAUUCUUUGCCUCUCUGGACCACUCCAUGUGGUUCCACACCACAUUCCGCAGUGACGAGUGGAUGCUCUAUGAGUGCGAAAGCCCCUGGGCAGCGAACAGCAGAGGACUGGUUCAAGGACGCAUGUGGAGAAGGGACGGGGUGCUCGCUGUCUCCUGUUCCCAGGAGGGCGUCUUCAGAGUUCAACCUGUUAAUCACAGAAACAAACUAUAAUCACAUUUCCAAUGUUUUAUAUUUUUAAUUUAUUUGUAAUUGUGAUUACAUGUAAUAUCAUUGACAUGAUUAAUUUUGUUUUAUUUUUACUCCCUUAUAUCAUGGGUCACAGCAGUGGUUAAUACCAUGUGGAGUAUUACAGUACACAGGGUUAGGUUUAAUGUUGAAUGCCUUUCAUGACAUAACCCUUCCUGAUAUUCAGGAGAUGGGCGGAGAAGGAGGGUAAAAUCUAGAACUUGUACAUGUCCUUUAACUGGCACUUUAACUGUGUGAUGUAGAAACAUAAGAACAACAUGAUGUAAGUGUAAUAUAUGUUUAAUCUAAAAAUUCAUUCAAAUCUAAAAAUAAGAUUUGAAUGAGACCGCUAGUCUUUAAACAGCAGCAAAAAAUACUUACACAAGAUCCUGUCUAUUCAAAACUGUUGCAGGAAUCAAUUUCACACAUAAUAAAGCUUUGAAUCCAUAAA